GAAAGAGAAGGCAAGGUUUCUGAGUUAGCUAAUUAGAAUGGCAUUUAAAGCGCUCCUCGCAGCUUUUGCCGUCUUCACACAGGGUACAGCAGUUAUUUCGGUACCUACACCAAAUGCUACAGAAUUUAGCAAAGAAUUGGACUUUAGGAACUAUAGUAUCCAAACUAACAGCAUAACCCUGGGCAAUAGUAAUAGUAUACCAGAACCCAAAGUUAGCCAUGUUCCUGUUAGUCCACUUCAGCUAGAUACCUUUACAACAAGCCCUGCCACUAAAACAACCACCACACCUCACCACCAGGGUCCCUGUAAAUGGUAUGAGAAAGUGGUUACAGAAAGUGGGAGACAGGUCUGUGGGCCUAGAAAACAAUGUCCUCAAGGAUAUGAGCCUCCUUCACCAGCAGUCAUUGCCACACUAAGUCCUUUGUCAGACUGGGAGUGUGAGAGGUGUAAGCAGGGGUGGUUUCAAAAUGCCACAGGACAUGUUUACUGCACCAGUUGUCUUGUCAGGGGGUAUUGUCCACGGGAGAAACCUUAUUUGAUCAGGAAUUGCAGUGUUGAACAAGAUGGCUUCUGCUCACAUUGCCCUCUUGGACAAGCUUGGAACCUAAUUGAAGGGUGGUGUCAGGAUUGUUCUUGCUGCCUCAAAGAAUACACUGAAACCAUCACUGGUACCAGGUGGAAUAAAACUGACCACCCUCGGCCAGAGUGCUUAGCCAGACCUGAUGUUAACGGUCCACUGCAGUGUCUCCCAGACUACGCAGCAAAGACAUAUUGUGAGACAGAUUCAGUCGAUGUCCAGCCUUCUUCUGAAGUUCAGGAUAAAACCCCAUGGAUGAAUAUAAUUGCUCUACCUGGUUUAGUAUUUCUUGUUAUUGUCGGUUUAAUCACUUGGAGGUGGCGGAGAAAGCAUCAGUCUAACAUCACACAACCAGUUCAAGCUUCAAGUUCUGGGGAUGAAGUGUCCAGGGGCCAAGGUCAUCAGAGAUCAGUUUCAAAUACUGACUCUCUUAUCUCUGGCACAUCCCAGACAGGAAAUCACAGUUUAUCUGGAUCAAGAGAACCAUUAGUGCCAGAGACUGACCAUGUUUCAACUUCUGAGGAUGAAGGGGAAGGAGAUGAGGGGUCAGUGCCAGUUCCUGAUUUUUUAAUCUCUGGCACAGUCCAGACAGUUGUCCCUAAAACUGAAGAGAACCAGGCAGCCACCUUUCAUGGCACCCAAGUUAUAGAUCCCCCUGUGGACCUGCUGGACAGCCAAGAAGAGACACAACAAGACAAUGGGGCAGGUAAGAUGCUGCCAAGUGGGAGAGAGGAAAUGGGAACUGAUGAUAUCUCCAGGGGGUAUAAUCUUCAGGGUCCAAGAGAGCCAGUUGCCAUGGAUUCGGCCUCUUCAAAAAUGGAGAGCAGUGAAAGAGAUGAUAGCAUACUUAUGUGGUCAGGUAUAAGGGGCAACCCCAGUACUUCCACCAUCAACACAGGAUCACAUAGCCAGACAGCACGGAAACAACUUCAUGGUGAAGAAGAUGCACAAGAGGACAAUGUUGAAAAUGACAAUAAUCCUCAGACAGAUCCUGGCUACAACACUGGACAGAGGAAUGAGGAGGAAGAGGAAGAUGGAUAUAAGUUGACACUGAACAGUAGUAAAUGAACUCUAAGCACUGUCUGCUGGCCUCCUCGGCCCAGAGAUUGCUUGCUGGUCUCUGUUGAUGCUUCCUGGACUCUGAGAUUGCCUCCUGGUCUCAGAGAUGGUCUCCUGGACUCUGAGAAUGCAUGAGGAUGAGGAUGAAAAUCUAUAUGAUUUUUUUAAGCUAUGGCUGUUUGGAAAACACAGUUCUGAGAAUUUAAGGACAAAGUGAAAUGUUGAAUAUAAAACACUAGUACAGGGUGUCAAGUUAUAACAGAUUGACAAAAAAAAAAAAAGUAAAAUAGGAAUUUUUUAAAGAAAAAUAGAAAAAAAUAGGGAUUUUAUUGCAAAAAAUAUAACAAAAAAAGGAAUAUAGGCCUUCGAACACUUCUAAAGCUGGACAUGUCUGGUCUUAUAACUUGUCACAACAUAUGUAUUAUUUCAACAGCAAUUAUUUGUUUAACUUUAAAAAAAACAUGAAAUGCUAAAUUUUUAUUUAGUACUGUUAUCAUUACACAUUUAAGUUGCAAAGGAGCACUUUCUACGCUGUGUACUUGUUCUUGCAAAAAUUUAUCAAAAAUAUUAUGGCAGAAAUAUUGCAAAAAUAUGGCAAAAAAGGAAUAUUAAAAUCUUAUUAGAACACAUCAUUUCAACAACCAUUUUUUGAACAAACUUUCAAACAAAAACAUAAAAUGAUGUUUCUAUUAUUACUGUAACAUAUAUCUUAGUUUCAAGGGAGCAUUUCAUACAAUCUGUACCUGUGUAGUUCAAACAAUUUUAACCUCAAAAACAUCAAAAUCUACCAUCUAACAUGUUUUAGCUUUUUUUGGCAGAUGAGCCACCAGUCUUCUCACUAGACCUUUUUUGUCCCCACUGACUGUUUAGCUGAGAUGGCUUUCUCCAGCAGCUUUCGUAAUACUAUUCUGUUCUCUAGAGACCUCCAUUUCUCUCUGAUUGCAUCUAGGUGUCACAUAGUCUUUACCUGCUUAGCUUUGCAGUGUCAAGUAUCACAGUUGCCAUGUUGAUACUUUGUUUAUUAACAUUUUUGCUAGAAAGAGCUUCAUGUAGCUUUGCUGUGGCGUCAUUCAGAAGUUUGUCUGCAGCACUUAACUCUUGUCUUGCAAUUGUUUUUUUUUCUUUGGCAAGAUCUUUCUCAUUCUUAGCUAAUGACUAAUGUCUCUUUUUAUCCUACAACUUUGUUUGGUUUUUUUUGCUGCUCUGCUUCCUUUCUCCUUUAUUUUUGGCUCAUUCUUUCCUCUCCAUCUCAGAAGUCUUUCCUCAUGUAAACCCAUUUGAUAUGUUACAUGGGCUGACCUGACAGACAUCUUCAGCUUUUUUGUGAUCUUUAUAUUCUCAGGAGAAAUAUCUUAUCUGUACUGGGUGAUGAAACUGAAACUCGGACUGCUUCCUUCAGAAUACGAAGACCAACUGAGACAGCCUCCACCAUACAGAGACCAACUAUAGUAGAUUCUCCCAGAGAUACCUCUUCUUUGUAAUAACUCUAGCAUUGAUUGACAGACUUUUUUCAGUUUCUGCAUUAGUCUGUGCCAAGACCAGUCCUGCUUUGACUACUUCAUAGAGAGACUGUAGCGACUGCUUCCUUCAGCUGACUGACACUGAAAAACUUUGUUCUAGUAUUCUUCUUUGUUUUGAAUCCCACAUAGAGAGUCUACUUCAACAUCAUUCUGGUAGAGUUUCCACUUAUCUUGAUCGAUAGUUACAUCUAGGUGUGGCUGUAGUACCCCAGUCAAUGAUGGAAGUCCCAGCAGCACUGGUAGUAAAUAAGAGUAAGAAAGGGACUGCAGCAAAUGCUGACCACACAGUUAAAGUACAGAAAUGUAUAUAAGCAAAACAAUGUAUAUUAGUCUAAAUUAAAAGUUUUAACAUCCCUGAAGAUUAUCAAUUAUGACAGUCACUGCUUUUAUUGUUUAUCAGCUAGCUUUUGAUUAAAAAAAAAAUUGACUUCAAUUUUUUUCAUUCCAUCAGAAUUUAAUUAUUAUAUAUAUUUAGUAAAUAAAUUAACCCUGCACUUUAUGUGGGCUUUUAUACAUUAU